CUUGUGCCAUGGUGCUCCUGGCAGACCCUCGCUCCGCGCCGUGCUGGUGGCCGCGUGGUGACAUCGUGGGCUGGGGGCUGUGGCAGCUCUCGGGAUCAGGGACUCGGUGCCGCUCAGCACAAUAACCCCGCAGCGCCCCGUCCCCGCCCCGCGGCCGUGUUUUGUCCCUGGAACUGCUGCUAUGGGAACCCUGGGGACACAGCUCCCAAGGGCAGGUCCUGCUCGCAGGGCUCCGCUCCUGUCCCCCCAGCCCUGGAUCUCACCACCGUGGGCUCGUGGCUGUCCGGGGAUGCCGAGCAGCGAUGUGACCCACAUUGGUGACGAGGAGGCCCCCGGCUGCCGCCGUGCCAUGGGGCGGCACAAGUGACGGGGACGGUGUGGGACGCACCAUGGGCAGCUCCUCGCCCUGGCUGCGCUGGACGCCAUCGGAGCUGGACAGCCGGGAGACCAAGGACUGGGAGGGCAAAGAGGACGAGGAGGAGGAAGAAGACUUUGAGAGGCACAUGGAUGAGAAUGGUGUCAUCGGGCUGGGGGCUGCCACUGUGGAGCUCAGCGACCCACAGGACUCAGGAUCCGAGUGGAGACAGGGGGCGGCCGGGAGCCCACUAUGGGGGGUCGGUGAGGACCUGGAUGCGAGGUCCCCAGUGGAGCCAUGCUGGUACACACAGCAGGACCUGACAGAGGAGGAGGAGGAAGAUCAGGACAGCUCUGAGGAGGAUGAGAGGCUGGAGGAGCCCUGGGGAUCAGAGAGCGAUGAGGACCUGCACCCUGAGACCCCCCAGAAAGCCCCGGGUACCACCAUGGAUGGCGGCGGCACCUCGGGGCCUUCGGACUCCAGCCCCGUUCCCACCACCCCUCCACGCCGGGGCUGGGGCAGAGCCAGGGACCUCAACCGGAGCCCCCAAGCCCCUCAGCAGCCCAAACCCAGCCGGCUGUCCCCAAGCCCCCGGCAUCGCACCGACGCCAAAAAGCCGAAGGAUCUCACGGACAUCUGCCCGUACGGCCAAGGGCGGCUCAACCACCCCCUGCCCGACCUCUCCAAAGUGGAAGCACGGGUGAAGGUGGGGCAGAGCUACCGCCCCCCACCCAGCAGGGCCCUGCCUGCCCGCGCCAGGCCCCCCGGAGGUCCCCUGGUCCCCAAAUCCCCCGCCGAAAUCGUCCGGGAGGUGCUGCUGAGCAGUGGGGAGGGGGCCCCGCCGCAGCCCCCCGCACCCCACGGCGUGCCACAGGAGCUCCGCUCCCCCCGGCAGGCCACCGCGCUGGUGCAGCAACUGCAGGACGACUACCACAAGCUGCUGACCAAGUACGCUGAGGCCGAAAACACCAUUGACCAGCUGCGGCUGGGGGCCAAGGUGAGCCUGUACGCCGACCCACCACGUGCCAGCCACAGCAUCCACGCCGGCACCAUGGGCAGUGGCUGCAGGGUGAUGGCCUUCAGCAUCCCGCGGGCCAGCGCCGCAGCCAUCAGCGCGGCCCCGAACCCGCAGCUCCCUGUGGAUGGAGCUCCAGCACUGGGACCAGCGGAGCGGGGAGCGUCAUCCCAGCCCUGCUCGCCUCGCUCCUCCCUGGGGGGCUGCCCCACAUGUGUGGGGCCGUGCCACUGCGCAGGGCCACGGCUCACGCAGACGCUGGCUGGGCAGACCCUCAAGUUUCAAGCGCAGGUGGAUUCCUUCGAAGCCUGGAUCCGGGCAGGGAGCUCUGCACCACAGGAGCAGCUCCAGCGGUUCCGGAAGCUGCGGGAUACGCAGGACGCACUGGAGCGGGCGUACCUGGAGGCACGGGAGGAGCACAGCCUUGGGGAUGCGGGGAACUUCGACCCGGAGCGCACGGUGGAAGGGGACAUCUUCUGCCUGGGGAUGCGCCUGGAGGAGCUGAAGGAGCGCGUGGAGCGGGCGGCACCGGGGAGCCCCGCGGUGACAGAGGGCCCCCCCAGCACCGGGGAGACAGCGGGGGACUGCGAGGCGGUGGCAGUGGGGCUGCCCCGAUCCCUGCGGCACAAACAGCUCCAAGCGGAGGAGGACUUUGGGGACCUGUUGCAGCAGUACCAGCGCCUUAAGUCGCUGCCGGCAUCGCUGAGCCUGGAGCAGCUGAGCCUGACGGGGAGCGCAGCACCGGAGGAGGUGGAUGGCACCAUGGAGGGGGACAGCGGCCCCGGGGGGGUCCUCAGUGGGGCACAGUCCCUGGAGGAGGGCACCGACCUCGAGACUUCCCCCUCGCCCCCCCCACAGAGGAGAACGGUGCCGCUGCCCCAUGCUGAACCCACACACCCGCAGGGGACCCACGGCCGCCUGUCCCCUGCCACCACCGCCGUGCCACCAGACACCUCGAGGCUCCCAUCGGCAUUCCCUGAGCCUUUGCCAUCGUGCGCAGCCCCGUCCCGCGGCAGCAGUGGGACAGGGAGCGCAGCCCCCCAGGGCCGUGCCCUCAAGCCCUGCCACCAGGAGCAGCGCAUGGUGUCACCGGAGACGGACAGCGGCUUCGUGGGCUCGGAGAGCAGCCGGGUGUCCUUGAUGGCACGCAGCCCCGAGCAUCGGCCGCUGGGCACUGGGACGCACAGCACGCUGGAACCCCCCAUCCCCAGUCCCCUCCAUCCGCAGAAGAAGGACGCUCCGCUGCUGCCUCCUGCGAAGGCGCUGAUGGGCCCCUACCCAGCCCCUGGGCACGGCCCCCCCCAGAGCCACAGCGUGCCCCCCAGCACCCCCUCACCGAGCAGCUCCCCACUGCGCUGGGCUGGCAGCCAGGGCAGCGAGCUGGGACCCGAGGGUGACGGUGCUCACUCUGACUCAGAGGGAGGAGACAGGAGCUGCACCAGUGGGCACCCCCGCAGUGGGACACCCGCCUCACCAUCCCCAGCUCCGGCUCACUGUGACCUGCUGGGAUCCCGCAUGGAGCGCGACUCUGCGCUGGCUGCGGGUGCGCCCACUCCUGAACACCCCAGCCGGGCCAUCCGUGCCCUGCAGGACGAGGUGUGGCGGCUGCGCCUGCGGCUGGAGGAGAGCCUGCACCGGACCCACAGCCACCCCGAGGGCAGAGCCCCCCGCACCCCCAGGGGCAGGAGGCAGCCGGCGGCCAGCGGAGCUCCGUUCCUCCAGGGCACAGCACCCGUGGGGGAGCAGAGCCCCGCGGCACGGGGCAGGGUGACCCCGAGCGGCCCCAGGGGCAGAUGGGCAUCGCUGCCGCGGGACAGAACGCCGCCGGACCUCAGCGAGCGGGGACGGCGGGGACCUCUCCAAACGGAGAGAGGACGCGGCGAGGACCGGGUGCGGGGCACGGGGAUCCCGCAUCCUUCCGCCUCCUUCCCCGCACCCUCCCGCUCGGACCGCUCGCUGCGUGCGCACGGUGACAGCCGUCCCCGAGCCGCCCCGUCCGCGCACAAGCGGCCUCGCAGCCCGUACUGCCCCCCAGCCGCACCUACCUCAACCCCCCACCGCACCCGUUCCCCACCACUCUCAGACCUGGAGGAGGACCUGGACCGCUCACUGAGCACAGCAGUGGCAGCAGCACGUCGUGCCCGUGUCACCUCGCGGCGGCUGGGCCGGGCGCUGGCGGCGGAGCUGGGCCGGGCACGGGCGGUGCGGGGCUCCUGCCUCUUCUGA